CUUCAUAUAUUACAGGAUACAUUAUACUGAAGUUAGCAAAGGGAAAGUGAAGUGAGUGAGUGUGAUCCUCUUUUGUCUUGCGUUACUUGAUGAUACUGCAGAUGAAAUGGAAAUAGUUGCGAUACACUUUAUCCUCCUGGGAGUCAUCUCAGGUUUAACCAAAGGAGCUGGUGUGUUGCCAGACGGUCCUCUGAAUGCAGCUGUGGGACAGACGGUGACGUUCAUCACAACCCUGACUCCACCAGAAAAACCUUUUUUAGUAGUGGGCUGGAAAUUUGGUGACAGAGAUAUAAUCACUUUUAAUUAUGUAAACAUAACUGCACCAGAGUAUGAAGGCAGGAUCACGCUCUUCAUGUCUACAGCAUCUCUGGAGCUCAGGAAUCUGACUCUUAAUGACAGUGGAGAAUACAGAGUUAACAUUUUCCCACAGGGAGAACCAUUCAAGGAUGGAUCCACCAGACUGGAAGUUUAUGUGCCAGUCUCUAAUGUAAGGGUAACUGCCAGCAGCACAGACUUGGUGGAGUUCAACAGCAACUCUGUGCGUCUGUCCUGCUCCUCCUCUGGAUCCUCGCUCUCUUUCCUCUGGCUGAACAGCAGCUCUGAGGUUACAGCCAGUAACAGCGACAGAGUUCAGCUCACUGAUGGAGGGGCCACUCUCACUAUCGUCAAUGUGACCCGCUAUGACCAGGGACCAUUCAGGUGUCAUGUGUUCAAUCCUGUAAGCAAUGGCACCAGUGAUCCAGUAGACCUCUCCAUCAGCUAUGGGCCAGAAAAUAUUAAUCUGACACUAUCUCCAACACAAGAAUAUUACUGCGAAGAGUCAAACAUCCUCCUGUCCUGCUCAGCUGUCUCCAGACCUGCUGCCCAAUUUAUGUGGUUUCUGAAUGGAGACCUGCAGUCUGAUACUGGACCAGAGCUCAGACUGAUGAACAUUCAGAUGAGUCAGAGUGGUAACUACAGCUGUCAGGCCUUUAACAACAAAACUCUGAGAUAUCAAACAUCUCAGCCUUCAGUUGUAUCUGUGCUGGCGCGUGUUUCCAAUGUGGUGGUAACUUCAAACACCACAGACUUGGUGGAGUUCAACAGCAACUCUGUGCGUCUGUCCUGCUCCUCCUCUGGAUCCUCUCUCUCUUUCCUCUGGCUGAACAGCAGCUCUGAGGUUACAGCCAGUAACAGCGACAGAGUUCAGCUCACUGAUGGAGGGGCCACUCUCACUAUCUUCAAUGUGACCCGCUAUGACCAGGGACCAUUCAGGUGUCAUGUGUUCAAUCCUGUAAGCAAUGGCACCAGUGAUCCAGUAGACCUCUCCAUCAGCUAUGGCCCAGAAAAUAUUGAUUUGACAAUAUCUCCGACACAAGAAUACUUUGAGGAAGGGUCAAACAUCCAACUGUCCUGCUCAGCUGUCUCCAGACCUUCUGCCCUGUUUUACUGGUUUCUGAAUGGAGACCUGCAGUCUGAUACUGGACCAGAGCUCAGACUGAUGAACAUUCAGAUGAGUCAGAGUGGUAACUACAGCUGUCAGGCCUUUAACAACAAAACUCUGAGAUAUCAAACAUCUCAGCCAUCAGGUGUGUCUGUAGUGGCGCGUGUUUCCAAUGUGGUGAUAACUUCAAACACCACAGACUUGGUGGAGUUCAACAGCAGCUCUGUCCGUCUGUCCUGCUCCUCCUCUGGAUCCUCUCUCUCUUUCCUCUGGCUGAACAGCAGCUCUGAGGUUACAGCCAGUAACAGUGACAGAGUUCAGCUCACUGAUGGAGGGGCCACUCUCACUAUAGUCAAUGUGACCCGCUAUGACCAGGGACCAUUCAGGUGUCAUGUGUUCAAUCCUGUAAGCAAUGGCACCAGUGAUCCAGUAGACCUCUCUAUCAGCUAUGGCCCAGAAAAUAUUGAUUUGACAAUAUCUCCGACACAAGAAUACUUUGAGGAAGGGUCAAACAUCCAACUGUCCUGCUCAGCUGUCUCCAGACCUUCUGCCCUGUUUUACUGGUUUCUGAAUGGAGACCUGCAGUCUGAUACUGGACCAGAGCUCAGACUGAUGAACAUUCAGAUGAGUCAGAGUGGUAACUACAGCUGUCAGGCCUUUAACAACAAAACUCUGAGAUAUCAAACAUCUCAGCCUUCAGUUGUAUCUGUGAAGGGGAAAUCACCUGGAGGUCUUUCAGCUGGUGCCAUUGCUGGAAUAACACUAAUCACAUGUUUCAUAGUUGCUGUUGGGGCCGCUGGAGGGUACAGUAUUUAUAGAAAGAAAAUCAACAACAAACCUCAGCCAGAUGAUACAUACGAUACCAGCUCUGAGGUUACAGCCAGUAACAGCGACAGAGUUCAGCUCACUGACGGAGGCUCCAAUCUACCCGCUAUGAUCAGGGACCAUUCAGGUUUGUGUGUAGGUGAGGGUAUCUUACCCCCGGGACCCCUGAGUGGAGCUGUGGCAGGCACAGUGACGUUCACCACCACCCUCAGACCUCCUGAGAGUCCAUUCCUCUUCGUCAGCUGGAGCUUCAAAGGGGAGAACAUCAUCACCUCCACCAACAUCAACGUCACUGCACCAGGACAUGCCAACAGGAUCUCACUAGACCGAGCCACAGGGGCCCUGGAGCUCAGGAACCUGGUGCUGGAGGACAGCGGGGAGUACACUGUCACCAUCAUAGACCAAGGGCUGCAGAAACAGGGGAAGACCACACUGAAUGUGUAUGUCCUGAUAACUGGAGCCACCAUCAGCAGCCCUACAGCCAUCUUGAUAGAAGAUAAAAGCUCCACCAACCUCAGCUGCAAGGCCUCCGGCUCCAUCAGCACCAGAGUGUGGAUGAAGGAUGGCUGGCCUCUCCGUCCGAGUGGUAGAGUCAGCUUUUCCACGGACAACAGGACAGUAUUCAUACAACCUGUUCACAGCUCCAACCACGGCACCUACCAGUGUCAAGUCAGCAACCCAGUCAGCACCAUGACUGUGGCCCAUAAUCUCACUGUUAACUUUGGACCACAUAACGUAUCAAUUACUGGACCAUCAGCGGCAGCACCUGGUCAGAGAGUGACACUGCAGUGCACAGCGGACUCUGUCCCACCAGCAAACUUCAGCUGGAUGUUCAACGGCAAUGAGACACAUGUUAAUAACUCCAUGUAUAUUAUAGAGAGGUUGGAAGCAGAAAGCAUAGGGAAUUACACCUGUACUGCCAGAAAUAUGGUGACCAUGCUGGAAAACUCCACAGUUCUGAAUCUGAGAGCAUCCUGCACUGCUCCCUGCUGGUCGUUUUUAAUGCUUCUGAUCAGUGCCCUGACUAUGAGAGAAUUAAUGUAAGAGGAAGUGACAGGUGAGAUAUGACAGAUUCUUCCUCUGAUGCAUUUUGCUUAUGAACGAGGACCCGGAUUAAAUCAACCAGAAUGUGCUAUAGACAAAAUGUUAUUUUGACUCAAGAGACUUUGAUGCUACAGCUCAUCACUCCUGAGACAAAGUGGAACCUCUCACAUUGGAAAAACAAUUAUUUUCCUUGUUAAUUAAAUAGACUUUUGGAAAUCUAUUUGAAAAUAAUUAUAGAGAAGAUAUAGGUAAUGUAAUGUCAGAAGUAAGAGGUCAAAUAAACGAUUUUUUUUGGAAGGAGCUGAUUGCCUUUUUUAACAAGCCAGAUCAUGAGGAAUACCUGGACUUAUGUUUUUCUAUCCCUGCUCACAGAUAAACCAGAACACUGUGUGGAUAUGCUUGUGGGUUUCUUGCGUCAGAGUUUGUAUUCAACAUUGUGUGGGUGAUAGUAUGCAGGCAUGAUUAUUCCAUGUAAUUUAUAUUUUUUCUGGUGUAUGUGCAUCUUGUAUUAUACAAAACGAUCUAUAAAUAAAUACAUAAUUUUCUCA